ACAGUUUCCAGAUCAGAAAGGAUGAGGGCAUAAAGCACCAGAAGUCAGCUUUGGAAUGCAGUGCCUGGAGCAAGUUGCACCUUCACGUGCGCCAGUCAAACCCAGCUACAAGAAGAUCAAGCAUGAAAUCAAACAAGAGUCUGUCGAUGAAGACAAACAUGGCGAAGUUGAAUGGGAGCAAGAGCCAGGCAGACCAGCAUAUGCAGGCUGGGAAGGUGAUGGCACAGACCCGCCAAAACAGGAGGAAGAGUUUGGAUAUGCAAACCCUGAAGACCAUUCCGCAUACGCAGGCUGGGAAGAUGAGGGUGCAGACCAGCAAGAACCAGAAUCAGAAGACACGCUUGGAUAUGCAAACCCUGAAGGCCAGCCCGCAUACGCAGGCUGGGAAGAUGAGGGUGCAGACCAGCAAGAACCAGAAGACACGCUUGGAUAUGCAAACCCUGAAGGCCAGCCCGCAUACGCAGGCUGGGAAGAUGAGGGUGCAGACCAGCAAGAACCAGAAGACACGCUUGGAUAUGCAAACCCUGAAGGCCAGCCCGCAUACGCAGGCUGGGAAGAUGAGGGUGCAGACCAGCAAGAACCAGAAGACACGCUUGGAUAUGCAAACCCUGAAGGCCAGCCCGCAUAUGCAGGCUGGGAAGGUGAGGGUGCAGACCAACAAGAACAACAAGAAGAGUUUGGAAAUGGAUAUGCAAACCCUGAAGGCCGGCCUGCAUAUGCAGGCUGGGAAGGUGAGGGUGUAGAUCAGCAAGAACAACAAGAAGAGUUUGGAAAUGGAUAUGCAAACCCUGAAGGCCAGCCUGCAUACGCAGGCUGGAAAGGUGAGGGUGCAGACCAGCAAGAACAAGCGGACGAGCCUGGAUAUGCAAACCCUGAAGACCAUUCCGCAUUCGCAGGCUGGGAAGAUGAGGGUGCAGACCAGCAAGAACAAGCAGAAGAGCCUGGAUAUGCAGACCCUGAAGGCCAGCCCGCAUAUGCAGGCUGGGAAGAUGAGGGUGCAGACCAGCAAGAACAAGAAGAUGAGCCUGGAUAUGCAAACCCUGAAGGCCGGCCUGAAUCGGCAGGCUGGGAAGAUGAGGGUGCAGACCAGCAAGAACAACAAGAAGCGUCUGGAAAUGGAUAUGCAAACCCUGAAGACCAGCCCUCAUUCGUAGGCUGGGAAGGUGAGAGCGCAGACAAGACAAAACAUGGCCAAGAGUGGAAGUAUGCGAGGUGUGGAGAGCAAUCCGCAUAUGCAGAAUGGUAUGGAGCGAGCUCAAAAGAACAGGAAGAAGAGUGGAAGUAUACCGGGUGGGAAGGUGACGCUCCUACACAAGCAACCCAAACUUUGAAUGGUUGGGGCUAUUCGAAGCAAGGCUACGAGAUAAAACGAGACGACUCUGAAGCAAGGUUGAUGCUGACAAUGCCUGGUUUUGCCAAAUGGCACAUCUCCAGAAUGAUUGGCAAACGAGGCAGCAAUUUGUUGGAAAUAGCACAUGCUUCUGGAUGCAAAGUUCAUUUGUGCGGCAGAGAUUCUAAUAGACCGACUGAUGAACCAAACUAUUUAUUGAUCCGUGGGAAUCGGGCUCAUGUGGAAACAGCCUUGCAGAUGGCAUGUGAGAAGGUCAAGGAUGUUUUGGAGACAGACAUCCCCAUUUGUGACCACUGUGGUGCAGAUCACAAGAGUCGAGACUGUCCCACUGCAAGCCUUCCCUUUGUGCACCAAAUCUUCCUCGAGGAAGGCACCAAAGUGGGUUUCAUCAUCGGCAGUGGGGGUCGAAAUGUUGCCCCCAUCAAAGAAGCGACCGGCGCCUUGAUCAGAAUGUGCGGCAUUGGGUCUGGGCAAUUGCAUGCAAACGAACCUUUGCAUAUGAGGAUCGAGUGCAAGACUCAGGAAGCACUAGAUGUGGCUGUCGACAUGGCCAGCAACUUGAUAGAUCGGGUGGUGUCUUGGUCACCUUAUGACUCCCUGCCGCCCAAGGAUCAUGUGUUUGCAUAUCAGAAGAAAAUCAUUUUGGACAUGGGAAAGUUCCCAGAAGACUUUGACAGUUUGAACGCCCAUCUCCUUGGCCAAGGGGGGUCAAACUUCCGAUGCAUUCAUGACCUCACCGGCGCCUGGUUGUGGCUUCGAGGGGAGGGCUCCGGUGCUGCUGGUGCAGUGGAACCACUGCAUAUCUUGAUCGAGCAUGACACCGAAGACAAGCUGGAGAAGGCCGUGGGAAUGGUUGAGGAGCUCAUCAAAAGCGUUGAGGCAUUGCUGGUGGACACGGUUUGCAAUGUUUGUGGUGGCCCACACUUCACCUAUCGCUGUUCAAAGGCUAACAGUGCAGGUUACCUGAAGGAAAUGCGCAGCAAAGGCACCGGAAAAGGUUGCUCCGACGUGCCCAGCCAGGACCCAAACUUCUCUCAAGAGGAGUCCUCCAAUCCCAGCAAACGUGCAAAAUAUCAUUGGUGAGAUUGACCGUCCUCCGAAAAAGUAUGAUUUGUAGAUUUCAAGGCUGCCAGCUUGCUCAUCGACUUCGCCAUGUGGAUGCGUUCCUUGAAAAUGACUUGGUGAUCCGAUCUUCGGCAUUAGCAUGCAUUAGCAUGCAUUAGCUGGAAGGUGCUUGAAGGUGCAGUUUGAGGAACAGCUAUGCUAGCAAUCGGACAAUGUAGACUCUUGACUGCCAGCAUUCACAGACACGGUGGUUC